AUUCCACAGAAAAGGCCAAUGUCGUGAAACAUCCUCCAGUUGCUAUUUUACCACUUGGGACUGGAAAUGAUCUAGCAAGAUGCCUGCGAUGGGGAGGAGGUUAUGAAGGUGAGAACCUGAUGCGAAUCCUAAAAGACAUUGAAAACAGCACAGAAAUCAUGCUGGACAGGUGGAAAUUUGAAGUCAUACCUAAUGAUAAAGAUGAGAAGGGAGACCCAGUGCCUUACAGUAUCAUCAAUAAUUACUUUUCCAUUGGCGUGGAUGCCUCCAUUGCACACAGAUUCCACAUCAUGAGAGAAAAACAUCCAGAGAAGUUCAACAGUAGAAUGAAGAACAAAUUUUGGUAUUUUGAGUUUGGCACAUCUGAGACGUUCUCAGCCACCUGCAAGAAGCUACAUGAAUCUGUGGAGAUAGAAUGUGAUGGAGUACAGAUAGAUUUAAUAAACAUCUCUCUGGAAGGAAUUGCUAUUCUGAACAUACCAAGCAUGCAUGGAGGAUCCAAUCUUUGGGGAGAGUCUAAGAAAAGACGGAGCCAUCGCCGAAUAGAAAAAAAAGGGUCUGACAAAAGGACCACACUUACGGACUCAAAAGAGUUGAAGUUUGCAAGUCAAGACCUGAGUGAUCAGCUACUGGAGGUGGUGGGCCUGGAAGGAGCCAUGGAGAUGGGCCAGAUAUACACAGGACUGAAAAGUGCUGGGCGACGGCUGGCUCAGUGUUCUUCUGUGGUCAUCAGGACUAGCAAGUCUUUGCCAAUGCAGAUUGAUGGGGAACCAUGGAUGCAGACCCCGUGCACAAUAAAAAUUAUUCACAAGAACCAAGCCCCAAUGCUGAUGGGUCCUCCUCCAAAAACCGGGUUAUUCUGCUCCCUUGUCAAAAGAACAAGAAACCGAAGCAAGGAAUAAUUCUGUAUCAUUUCAUUCUUAGAAAUUUAAUUAGCAUAAUUGGGCCAUGGAACACUUAUGCUGGAAAUCUUUGAACAAUUUCAAGUCUCCUGCACAUGUAAAAUCAUGGAAUUAGUUUAACAGUUUUUGUUACUGAGCUAGUGUGAAGUUCAGCUAUUAGAAGAUUUAUUGUCUGUUUUUAUCGGUAUCUUUGCAUGAAGAAAGCAGAUGUUUUCAUUAAGUGAUACUGCUUAUUUUUGUUGCAUGCAUUCCCAUAGAUUUUAUGUCUUCCACCCAUACUUUCCUGUUUUCCAUUUGCCAAUGUGUGGGGAAAGCCUGCAAAAUAUUUUUGUUGUUGUUUUUAUAGAAGGAAAUACCAUGGAGAAUGUGAUUCUCUCAAUGUAAUUCCAGUUAUUACUAAGCACUAUCAGUAAUGCUACAAUGAUUGUAAUUUGAGAAUGCUAUACUUUUCUCUUUUAGAAUCAAGUAACAG